AUGGCAGGAAAGUUGAAGAUAAGUCACGAGGACAAGACUCUCAGAGAUGGCUACAGCGAUAAAGCAGUAAAGGCUGGCAUCGUAUCAGCCAAGGAGGAAGUCGUCGUGUCUCUAGGAGACCGUAUGCUUAAGGCUAAUACCAUGCCAAUCAAGAAGGAAGUUAUUGUUCCUCUUUGGGACCACGGGUCCAGGCAGGCAUUAUUCCGGUAA